AUGGUUGACCCAAAAAGACACAUUAACAUCCUUUCGGAGGAGGAUCAGCUGUUUAUCAACGAGUGCGAGGAGGAGUUUGAGUUUCGUUUCACCGAAGACGAUGCCGAGUUUCAGGCACAUUGCGCCAAAGAGCCUGCGCCCCCUCCUUUAGUGGAGCCCUGGCAAAGUCGGAACUUCCACGGUUCGGGUGGAGGAGGAGGCAGGGGAAGAUUCAAUGAUCGUGGAAGACACCAGCAUCGGGCCCGGCCGUACAAUCAGAACUACCGCGGGAAUCGCUACAACAAUAACCGCGGUCGGGACAACAGGAACAAUCGUUACGCGCCUAGUGGAGAUAGGAACUAUUAG